AUGCACCAUGCUUCCUGUAACAAGGAUUCUGACAUCUUCAAGUUUACCAGACUUUCUGGUCCCUUACCUUUGUGUUCACUACUCAACAAUGCACAAAUGUAUGUUCGCCGACAUAACACUUCUCUAUGUAACUGUACACUGCUUCUGCUAAAGUGUAAUACCAAAAUGCAAAUAUCCGUAAACAAGGAACCUGUAAAUUCUGCUGAAAAUACGAUGCAACUCGAGAUGAAAGAUAGGUUUAUACAGGCUGUUUUAAAGCAAUUUGGUGGAGGAUAUAACUCAGAUAAUUUAAUUACAGAUGAAGGGGAGCUUAAUCAAAAUCAGAAGCUUGAGAAGCUUUACAUAUCAACACGGGCCGCUAAGAAUUUUCGAGAUAUUGUGCGUGGAGUUGAAGGUUAUAUUUUUACCGGGUCAAAGCAAGUUGAAAUCGGAACAAAGUUGUCUGAAGAUAGCAGGAAGUAUGGUGGAGAAAAUACAUGCACUAGUGGUAGCACAUUGUCCAAAGCAGCUGCCAGUUUUUCCCGAGCUCGUGCACACAUGGAGAAGGAGCGUGGAAAUUUACUGAAAGCUCUGGGUACACAGGUAGCAGAGCCCUUAAGAGCAAUGGUUAUGGGAGCUCCCUUGGAGGAUGCUCGACAUCUUGCUCAACGCUAUGACAGAAUGCGACAAGAAACUGAAGCUCAGACAAGCAAUUCAAGUUUCCAAACGCCAGGCAAAAGUUAGAGAAGCAUCAGGAAAUCCAGAUAUUGUUAUGAAAUUAGAAGUGUUGCUGAGUCAAAGCUUCAUGACCUGAAAUCUAACAUGGGGAUAUUGGGUAAGGAAGCUGCAUCUGCAAUGGCUGCUGUCAGAGAUUGACUCUUCAACGACUCAUUAUACAGUACAUAUGUCUUAUGGAUGAAAUGUUAGUUUUCCCCCCUUCUUCGUCCAUAAUUUGUAAUAUGAACUUGAUCUCUAGCUAGCUACGUACCUUUGUUGUAAUAAUUUUAUGUUUGUUGUAACAUGUUGGUUGAUCGAUCUAUGACGAAUUUAAUUGCCUUUUAUUGGGAACGUUAA